GUGAAAUCCAAUUGCACGUUAUGGCCCAUCGAUUUUCAAAAGAAGAAUUAGAUGAGCAGUUUGAACAGUUCCUGAAAGAGUCUCUUUCAGAUGAUUCAGUUGGAAGCUCAAAGAAAAAAUCCAGCAUUCUUGAAACAUUGGGACAGCCCAGGAAAAAGGAAUCAAAGAAAAAAGAUUCAGUGCCAUGGUGGAUAUCUGAGGAAGAUUCUGAUGAUGGUGGAAUGUUUGGAAGCAAUGGAAGCUUUGUCAAGCUACAGAAGACUUCACAGCCUAUGGGGGAAGCUGAUGAGAACACGCAUGCAGAAAAGAUGCUGUUUCAGAAAAGCAAUGGGGUUUCUAUCUCUUUAAGUAUAGACAGCCUGGAGACAAAUGAUUCAAUUGUAGCUUCUGGGCCUAAUCAAAGUAUAAUGGGAGCUGGAUUGGAUACCUUGGAAGAACAAGAAGAAAAAGAAACGUUCUUUGCCAAACUUGAACGAGAAGCAUCGUCUACUAUUGAUUACUCAAGAUUAAAUAAAGAGCUGGAUUCCAACGAUUCUGUAAUACUAGCACCAUUUGUACGAAAUGAAAAAAAUGAAAAAGGAGAAGAGGAAUCGGUACCUGAAGAGAAAUCUGGCAGCUACAGUGAAGAUUUUGAAGAGGAGACAGAUGUUAAUCCUGCCUUUAAAACUGAAGAAAGUCAGGAAGCAAACACUGGCAUGCUGGCUAAAGUUGUAUUACUUGAUUCACAAGAUUCAACUACAGAAAUUCAGAAGGUCACUGAAACAGCAGAUGUAGCUCUAGGUGAACAUUAUCAGCCUCAAGAAGCUACUGGAAUUGAAAUGAAUGAAACGGGCACUUCUUAUGGACAAACUACUAGCGACACUGAAGCGUUACACCAAGCGUAUCAUCACAUCAAUCAGUCUUUGGGAGACACCGAUGAGCAAAAAGUGCAUGCUUCUGCAAUGGCAGUCUCAGAAUGCUUAGUGCAAAGUGUUUCACAAAAUGAGAUCUACUCAAAAAAUAUGUCAACUACUGAAUCAGAUUUACCUACUGUAGAAGAAUUGAUGAAACCUUUUAAAGGAGAUUCAUGUAAUGCCAAAGGUUUUGAUUUGGAGCCUGAAAGUCCUGUGAAACUGACAGGCAGCACAGCAAAUGAACUUGUCAACCACUUGCUGUUUAAAGAGCAUCAGAAUAACACAGUUUGGGAGACAAACUUAUUGGAAAAAUCUAACAAAGAGAGCAUCUUUUCUCAGACAGCUGUGAAUGAAGACAGCCUUCAGGGGACGAAUGAGAAAGAGGCUGAAACUAAUGAAAUACAGCCCUGUUCACUGAGAGAAAAGAUGGUACAAGACUCUCUGCUUUCACAACAGGGCAGCAAAACUAAUCAGGCACUUCACUCUCUUUCUUUGAAGGAUGAAAGACUGGAAUCAAUGACAACGAAACAAACAUUGUACAAGAAUGUCAGAAGUACACCUUUACAUAAAAAGAGAUCUUCACAUGGUUCUCAUGGAUUGGUUAGGAGUUCUGGAUACAGGAAGUCCACUUCUCUUCCCAAACAGCCUUUUCCAUCUAAUGAAAAGAAAACACAAAAAGAAACUUUCAAAAAGACCAGCGUGAAAGCCAAAAGUCCACCAGAUAAAGCAAGAUCUAAAGAAGGCUUAUUUGCUACUAGGAUUAUAAGAUCUGCAACGAAAGAACCAACUUCGAAGGAGAGUAUUAACAAAGUUACGUCUGGCCAGUCGGUUGUUAGUAGUCAUGUGCAGCAGGUUGUGGACUCUGGCAGGCAGUUUCCGCAUGACUUAGCGUUUUCUCCUAUCAAAAGAUGUGAGAGAGAACUGUAUUUGCUAAGACGAGCACAAGUUGCAGAGGAGGAGUUGAGUACAGCUCGUGAUUUGAUUCAACAGCUGACCAACACAGUUUCACAAAAGAAGCAAGAAAUGGAGGCAAAGAUAAUAGAACUGAAAACACAGCAUGAAAAAGAGCUCUCUCAGCUGGGUCAAGAAAACUAUGUCCUUCAGAGUAAGUUAAGAAGCGUGGAAGAGCUGACUAAAGGAAAGAGAUGGAUCCAUGAUACAGCGACCGUUCCUAUCACUGAAGAAAAAUUGACACAAAUACAGAAAGAAAUUCAAGAUCAAGAGGUCAUUAUUCAAGGUUAUCAACAGGAAAAUGAGAAGUUAUACAAACAAAUGAAAGAGCUACAAAUUCAAAACAAGAUAAACGAGGAACAAAUGUUUAAGGAGAAUCAAUGUUUAAUGUCUGAAUUAAUAGCCCUAAGAGAAAAGAUGAAUACAACUUAUAUCCAGUCACAUGUAGUGCAGGGUCCAGAACCAGCCAGAAAUUGGAGUUUCACAGAACUGAUUUCAGAGCUUCGAACAGCACAGAAGGAAGAAACUAAAUUACAUGAAGAGAUAAAACGGCUUAAACAAGACAAACAAGCUCUUGAGUUAGACUUGGGACAAGCAAAGAAAGAGAGAGAUCUAGCCAAAGUCCAGAUUGCUUCUAAAUCAGGUGAGAAGUCAUAUGAACUUAAAAUUAUGGAAGACUCAUACAAACAGGAAAUUGCUCAUUUAAAAAGACGACUUCAGUGGUAUGCAGAAAAUCAGGAUCUUUUGGAUAAAGAUGCAGCCUGUCUUAAAGAGGCGAGAGAGGAAAUUGAGAAACUAAAAUUAGAGGUCGAGAAGUUGAGAACUGAAGCUGGAAAUCAGAGUGCACAACAGAAGAAACGUUUAGGGGACAGAGCGGCAGAUGCUAAAAGAAUUCAGGAUCUUGAGCGACAAAUCAAAGAAAUGGAAGGGAUUCUAAAAAGAAGGUACCCAAAUUCUUUGCCUGCUUUGAUUUAUGCUGCUGCUGCUGCUGAGAAAAGUAAUGAUCUUUCAGCUAAAACACACACAGUUGACUUCUUGGAGAAAAGAAUAAAAAAGUUAGAAACAGAACUUGAGGGUAAGGAUGAUGAAGCUAAAAAAAGUCUCCGUGCUAUGGAACAACAAUUUCAGAAAAUAAAGGUACAGUAUGAACAAAGACUUGUAGAGCUUGAGCAACUACUUGCCUAUAAAUGGAUGAGUGAAUCACCAAAACUGAACAGUGAUAAAGCCAGUUUUACAGAACUUCAACAGGAACUUCAGAAUCUAAAGGAGAGCCAUCAGAUCACUGUUAAAAACCUCCAGACAGAAAUUGAAAACCUUAAAAGUCAAAAUUCACAAUUAGCACUUGGAAGUAAAAAGGAUACUAAAGACUUGCAAUCAACAGACUCUCAAGAGAAACAAGCUAAUACAAAAGAGAGAGUGUUAAAACUAAACCAAGAACUGGUCACCAAAAAUAGAGAAAUACAAAACCUUACAAAAACUGUAGAGAAACUUCAAAAAGAAAGGAUGAUGAUGUUGUCUGAUGAUAAUUUUAGAAAUAAAACGGAUAAUAGGGAAAAUUCUGCAGAGAUCUUGAAAAAGAACACCUUAGCAAGAGAUACAAGGAAAUCCUGCAAGAGCGAACCCUUGCCAGGCAUUUUCAAUGAUGAUAAAGCGUACCAGCCACGUACGUUUUCUGAUACUAAUAUAUCAGAAGUUCUGCAAGAAAAUAAACAGUUAAAAGAUGACCUGGAAAAAUUGUCUCUAGAAAUGAACCAGCAGAGAGUAAAAUCUCAAGCAACACUGGCUUAUUCUGAAAAUAAUAUAAGAAGGAUGCAGGAAGACACAGCAGAAUACAUUGCAUCUCUGAAAGCUUCCCAUCAGAGGGAAAUAGAGAAGAUUCUUUGUCAGCAUGCGAUGGAGCAUUCUACUUCUAAAGUAGCUGAGCUACACAGCAGGAUUUCAACACAAGAGAUAUUAAUAAAACAUCUCCAAGAACAAAUCAAUGAGCAACAGAGAAAUCAAGAAGCCCUUCUAGUUUCACAAAUGCGAGAGGAACUCCUACAAAAGGAGGUGGCAAAGCUGUUAGAAGAAUUGAGAGAGGCUAAGGAGAGCCAGAGUCCUGAAAUGAAACACUUCUUGUGCCUAGAGAAGAAAAUCAAGCAUAUAGAGACCAGACAUGCAGAACGAGAACAAGAACUUCAAAAGGCAACACAACUAACACAACAUAUUACUGAUGCCCGGCAAACCCAUGAAGUUGAGAAGUGGCGAAGACUCGCACAGCGGAAGAAUCAAGAACUGGAGAAAUUUCGAGUGGAACUGGAUUCAAUACUAGAUGUUUUACGGGAACUGCAGAGACAAGGGGUGGUUAUUCCAGCGCCUAAUUCCAGUGGAUUCAGCAUGUUAGACAGCUGUUGGAAGACAUGAUUAGAUAUGAGUUGAUUAGAGAAGCAGAAUACAACAUUAUGUAUAGAGAACAGUAUUGAAAGUCAUUAAUAUAAUACUUGUAAAUUGAAUUACACGCUGAUUUUGUCUGAAAUCUUGUUUGUCCAAACGUAGAUUCGCAUUGAGUAAUGCUCCCAGUCAUACUGUAUGUAUGUCUUCUAUUUUGUUAGUAAUGAGUUUCGGUGCAAAACUUUGUUAAAUAUUACAAAUAUUGAACUUAAUCCAUCACCUCAGUUACCAUUGAAAAAUUCCAUUUUAUGCUUUUCAGACAUUGUGGAACAUGCCUGAUUGAUUAACUUUUAUCUUUAUCGCUUUGUGUUAAAGAAAAGUUACAUUAUAACAUAUUUUUAAUAUACAGUGUUUCCAAUAUUUUUCAUUGUGUAGGGCAUGAAAUCCUCUUUUUACCAACAUUUUCCUUCUCUCCCUCUAAUCCAUAAAACUUUCCUUCCAUUAUUUUAAAGAUCCCCCUCCAACUUUGUAAAUGCUUGAAGGCUUUGAGCAGAGCAGAUGUUCUCUGGUGACUUUCAAAUCCAAACAAUUUUUUUGUUUACUCUGUAGACAGUCCCAACUCUGCUGGUAAGGAUGAGGGGAGAGCAGUCUGGCUGACCUGUUAUGGGAUGGAUGCAGAAAAGCUUGUAAAAUACAGUGUGAGUAGUUAGCAGUACCCUUUUAAAGGAGAAGGAUGUGUUGUUAUGUAUGUAUGUUUGUUUUUCUUCCAACGGGCACAUAUACACCUAAGUACAGCCUGCAAACUACUGAACAGCCUGGGAGGAAUUCCUCAGGGAUCACUAAGGUGCAGCUCUAUGUGGUGAGCUUUUGUUUCCUUGUUUCAAAAGGAUAUGGACACAGCGGGGCUGCUCAGCUCCGGCAAGGAGACUAUAGAGGGAAGAUAAAAGAUGGCUGUUAAGUUUUCUUAUAUGAAAUGCCUGCUGCUAAGAGGACAGGUACUAAGUCAAAUUGUAGUAUGGUACAUUCAAUAGAGCUAUUUGGUGGCUGAAAGGACAGGUUUUCUAACACUAAGCUCAAAUACUAGAUUGAAGGCUUGGCACUGCAAGACCUUAAACAUUACAUAGAAAGCAUAUAUUGUGCUACAACCUCAAUAAACUAUAUUUGUAUUAGGCAAAGGUGAAGCACAAAUGUAAUCCGAGGUCCCAUCUUUUUUUUGUAAUUUUGUACAGUUCACACUGUAUUUUAUAUCAUUUGUUGUACUUGAUGCUUAGAGUUAAGUCAAAAGUGAACUACAGUCCAGAUCGCUCUGUGUGUACAUUUUACACACACACACACACACACACACACACACACACACACCUGUAUACUGUGCCUCUUCAAGGCCCAGCAAUAAAAAUGCAUUUUAGUUUAUGUAUCUAUAAGCAUAUGACUGAGCAUGCAUGAAGAAUAAAAAUAUACCAGAUUAUCCCCUCUAGGUACAGACAGAUAGUAGCUAACUGCAAGAUUUUUUUUUUUUUUUUUUUGAAAGUAAAGGUGCAAAUAUAGUGUGUGUGUGUGUGUGUGUGUGUGUGUCAUGGUAGUCAGUUUAGGAUUAAUAUAUUAAUCUUGGUUGCUUGAUAUUCAGCUACUUUCAGUAUUCUUAAUAUGAAUGAUUUUUGUUCACAAAUAAUGAAGUAUCAUGUAUAUUCAUAAAGUAUGUAAAUGCAACUACAUUUUGUAUCAGCUCUGAGCAAGUAUGUUGUAUUUUCUUAAUGAACAAAGAUUUGGGACUGUUCUAUGCCUGAAGAAGAAAAAUUGCAUCAGCUUAUUUAUUAUUUCCUGUAGAGGUGACAGUAUAUGUAUUGUGGUGUUAAAAUGUAGAAGCAAAAGUGGGAUUUUUGAACCACUGCCACACUGUGCAUCUUUAGGGAUGCAGGGCCUGGAUGCAGGCGUUUAGGCCUGGUAGAAGCAUUUCUAGGUGCUGGAAGCUCUCAUCCUUCCAAACUGUCACUUCUGAAGUUUCCUGAGUGUACUAAUCCCUAGGUAAAGAGAGGAUGAUUGCUUGCAUUACUUCAUUUGCACACUGUUUAAUAAAAAUUCUUAAUGGUGGUGAAUUUUAAA